UACUGUACCGUCCCCCUGCCUUGAUGUGGAUGGAGAUAACUGUCGAUGUGCGAACGUUUGAGCAUCAGACAGCUCAGGUUAGGGCCAUAGCAUCAUAGACAAAAGCCUAGUAUGCUGAAUUAGCAACGACUGAAAGAGUAUUUAGACAUGGCACCUAAAUCUAUGUCUGAAAAGUUUGCACACAUAGAGGAGAUUGACUUGAAAGAGACUACUUGCAUUUGCAGGAAACAUUGUAAUAACUGUCAAAUCUUCCUGGGAUUCUUCGUCUUAUCCCUUUCAUUGCAUCUAGUAACGCUUUUCUGUUAUUUGGACCUGAGAUCGGAGGUGAAACGCGAGAUUCUCCAGAAGAACAGAGAGGAGACAGUGUCACCGGCCGCAGACGAUAUGAAUGACCGAUAUUCUCCAGUAUUCCAGCUGUUGGAUAUCAGCUACCCAACUGAUCUACAGCCACAGAAUAGAUUGCCUCUGGGGAACAGUGAGGAAAACUCUCACCUCACAGAAGACAGAGAAAAUGCCGUCCAUCGCACCAAAAGGAGCCAGCAGAAUAAACGACUUGAUUCAGAAUCACAUGGAAACAAACGGAAAGAAAGGAAGAAAGGCAAGAAAGGCCCUCCGGGUGCACCUGGCCCCCCAGGCCCUCCAGGGCCACAGGGGCCACCAGGUAUUCCUGGCAUCCCAGGUAUCCCUGGGAACAACGCCAUGGGUCCCUCAGGACCACCCGGACCGCCAGGCCCUGCUGGACCCCCAGGGCCACAGGGACCCCCUGGUCUUCAAGGACCCUCAGGGGGCAGAGUCAGAGAUAGCCAGCCUGCUGUGGUACAUCUCCAAGGCCAGGAAACAACAAUACAGGUCAAGGAAGAUCUUUCAGAAGGCGUACUGAGAAACUGGAAAAUGAUAUCCAUGCAUCACAAGGUGUUCAAGAUGCACUCGCGGUCUGGGGAGCUAGAGGUGCUGGUAGAUGGUACCUACUUCAUCUAUAGUCAGGUAGAAGUUUACUACCUCAACUUCACUGACAUUGCUAGCUAUGAGGUGAUGGUGGACAAGACGCCGUUCCUGCGCUGUACACGGAGCAUCGAGACUGGACAGCGCAAGUUCAACACCUGCUACACGGCUGGGGUGUGUCUGCUGCGUGCCCGGCAGAAGAUCUCCAUCAGGAUGGUGUACGAGGACACCUCCAUUAGCAUGACCAACCACACCACCUUCCUGGGGAGCAUCCGACUUGGGGAGGCCCCCCCAGCCAGCCACUCCUGAAGAAGCAGACACAGGCCCACCAAACUGACUGUCAAAUCAGGACCCAACCCUCAACCAGCCCCAACCCUCAACCACCAUAUCCAUCUAUGGUUUGUGGGAGACUCCACCGACUCUACUCUGCCUCUGCAACCAUCACCACCAUCUAUCACAUAUUGACCAAUGAGGAGAUGAGAAGGCCCACCUACUCCUGAGUUGACAUGUACAGUACAUACAGUAUCCACCCUCAGGCUGGGCCAAGCCCCAUCCUCAGGCUACUACUGAGCUGAUAGGUCCCACCCUACCUGAUAUUAGGGUGUAAUGGUAUAAUGAUAUUAACCCACUGCCUGUUAUCUCUGAGUGGAAGAUUCUUUCCAAAGAGUGAUGAUGACUCUGAUCUUCGGUGCUGAUUAUGGACAAAUAUGCACCCAACUUGUCAAGCAUUAAGAAAGGGAGGAGUUGCUGAUUUUUUGGGAAGAAAAAUACAUUAGGCUUUAAUUCUAGAAUAGUGCAUUUAUAGGGAAUAACUUGGUUUCCCUGAUCAUAACAUGCUUGAGAAACCAAGGUUGACAGGAGUCAUUCAAGUCUCCACUAAAAUAACUCUCUGUCAUGACAAAGUACAUAAAACACCUGUUAUACAUUAUUAAACAAAUGUAGAAUGCUUGUUUUUAUCUACCAAACUAAACAUAUUUGGAGAAGUGAAUGUGAUUGUUGGUGUGGUAUCAAUCCACUGAGUCAUAUAGGUCGUUAGCUAACAUGGGUACAUACUGUCAAAGCGUUUGAACACAAUAUAGAAAUACAAUGUGUGAGAGUUCUCUGAUGAAUUGAACAUGCACAGCUGAAGCACAAACAUUUCUCUGUUAGAAUGUGCACUGAUUAAAACAAAUGAUUGAUCUGUAGGCAAAUAUCUCUCUCUCUCUACCUCUCUCUCUCUUUCUCUCUCUCUCUGUUAAAUAACAAGGUCUUUAUGGAUGUUUCUUUUAGGUUUGAAAUGAAGUUGUUUGUCAAAUAUGGAAUCACAUGACCUAAAAUGACAUUCUUCAUGUUACUAUGUUGACCGUUCAUGAUCCCAAGGCUUGUCAUGGACACCAUUUAUAUUUCUUUGCUUUAUUUAGUUCUGCUUUGGUUUGUUUGAAAUAACCAAUUCACUUGUCAUUCCCUUUGAGCUGAACCAGUCAUGUCCUGUUUCUGGAAGGCCAGUUGUGUUUCAGUUUUUCUCAGAAGAAUUUUGUCUUUCCAUAUACAUAGGCAGCUUGAAUCUUUUGUGAAUAUCACACACAGUCAAAACAUUUUUCAGCAUAUAACUCCUUUGCGUGUUCAUGUUUAUAUGUGAGUGGACACAUUAGUCUUUAAGGAAGCAUUUAAGGGCACAGAUUAUCUGUCAACAUUACAGUUUCUGGAUGUUUAUGAAACUGCUCUGCACUGUGCAUGUAUUAUAAAUAUUACAGGGUUUGGUCAAUCACCAUGCAGUCAACCUUCUGGAAAAUUGGUGACAAAAGCAGAAUCAUGUCCAGUUGUUUUUAAUUAGUUUGAUAACCGUUAUGGAAGGAAAGAUAGAUCAGACCAUUACCCAGGGAAGUUCAAGUGUAUUACUUUUCUGUUAUUAUAGAAAUUCUACAUCAUCCAUAAUGUCUGCAAUAAGAGUUGGUAUCAAACAUUACAACUUUCAGUUGAGAAACCUGACAAAAAGGGCAGUGAGUGUACCAUGUUCUUGUAGUAUUACUUUAGUUGUGUAGCAAUCAGAAUUAGUUUGGUUCAAUUCAGUGCUUAUUCAGUGUUCAUUCUCCAAUUCAUGCUUUGUGAUUCAAUUCAAUGCCUAAGUCAAGUUGAGUCAAGAUAGAAUUGUCCCAAACUCUGGUAGCUAUAGUCCUUUUAAUUCAAACACUGUUUAGUUUAAGUGUUUCAAUACAUUGUGGUAUGUAUUGUGAUAUGAAUUAUUUGGAUUGUUUGUAGGUAAAUAGGGUAUAAUUGUUUCCCUGCUUUGUUGACUAAUAUGUACAUUUGUAUACUCUGUUGUGAUUGUAAAUAUGUAUAUAAAAUAGAAUUCUGUUUUUGUAAAUUGUAUUGAUUUAUAUUAUUAUUAUUAUUUUAAUUCACAGUUGUUAUAUAACAUAGUAUUAUGUAACAACACUUAUGGCAGUUGUUAAAAGAAAGAAGUGAAAAGAAGAUCCUACUGUAUUUAUCUACUGGGGUAUAUAUUAACAUACUAAGGUAUAUAUUGCUUCUUUAAAAUACAGCAAAUAUACUCUAUGCAGCUUACAACAAGAUACUUUCAGCAGGUUUGUUGCAGGCUAGAUGCUGUUUCCUUUCCACCCAUGGGGGCCAUGGACAUACUUAGUGUGACUGUGUAAGCGUAACCUCAAUCAACCAGCGUUAAACAACACACUCCUUUUCACCUCAUUUAUGACUAUAUUUACGUAACAAAAGGCACAUCUCAAUAGGUGGUCCAGGUAUCCUCAUGACCUGGCGCUGUUGCGCUAUUGUUCUUGCAAGCACGGGGGAAAGCCGAUGAAAUCAGAGUGCAACUCCUUGAAUGGCCAACUCCUGUUUUUCAACAGGAAAAGUUCAAAAAUAGCUGGAGUCCAUCUUUGACACGUGUUUUUUGUCAUCUGAUAAAGAUGAUACAAUCACGCUCUGAUUGAGACAGUAGAUGUGGAUUCUAUGUCUCUGGAAAGUCCAUCCUUCUGUUUCACCACUACCAGAAAUUCUAAACUGUAUUGUCUUUCCACAGAGUUAGACUGGGCUGGGGCCUCCCUUUACUUGUCUGCAGAUCAAGGACAGUGAAGGAACUGUUCACAUCGUUAAAUUAAGCAGCAAAGGAAGAAGAAUGCGUUGAAGUACAGCGUAAUGCCAGCCUGUCUAAUGGCAACUAUGGAGCCAUUACUGGAGCCACAUUUUGUUGAUGUACAGUGCCCCCUUUCGGUAAGAAAUCAUAUUCAGAAAAGUUUAGAAACAGAGAGGACUCAUUAUUUAAAUGUAAUAAAUAAACACACUUGGGGCAUAGGAGCAUGUAUUUGAGUACCAUCUCUAAAAUAUGAAUAUUUGGUAAAAAUGCAAUAAUGAUUGAAACUCACUAUUGACUUUGGAACCCUGAUUUGAUAUGGGAAGAACCAAAAUAUAGGACGAUUCGACAUUUUUGUCAGGUCAUUUUGAAGGAAAUUAAAAUCAAUGCCUAUUUGCUCUUAUCAGUUGUAAAUGUGCCCUUUUAGCAAAGACUUCAAACGUCUGCCUCUCCAACACCCAAUACACACUAUCUGUAAUUUUGUGUGUGUAGGCUAUACUCUCAUUCCUUUGGUGGAUUCCAGGAAUAAGCAUUCUAAGAAGAAUGAACAGAGGAACAGGAAGGGCAAGCCUUUGCAUGCCAGUUCACACCUCAAAAUUCACCUUUCAUAAACAUGAACGAUUUCUCACCUCUCAAGACUCCUAACACCGAAUCCAAAGCUGGGGAUCCAACAAAAGGAAGGAUUUGCUUUGGGGUAGAAUAGUUCUCACCUGGUUCUCACAGCAGAAA